GACAAGUAUAGGGACGGUCGUUCACUCAGCACCCGAGAAGAAGAAACAGGGAUCCGGGAAUUUACUGAGCUGUAUUUGGCGGAGAAGGCUCAUCUUUUCCUCCUUUUUUCCGUACACGAGAUUUUGCAAAGAUGAACGUUGGCUGCGUCAUCCUGGCGUGCACCUUACUUGUGGGCGCAUCCUCGGGGAGUAAGGCAGGCCCGCCCCUCAAACCCCCGUGCAGACCAGGCUUCUCCCAGAACUUCUACAUAGUGAUAGUCCCCAGAGACGCUCUGCACGGCCAGAGCAUCCUCAAAGAUACCACCCUGUCCAGUGAACGUGUGAAGUUCGAGGAUUGCCAGCGCAGCAGGGAGGUGGGCUUCAUCAGCAGUGACCCCAACUUCGGCGUGAGGCCCGAUGGGUCGGUGUACGCAGAGCAGGAGCUGGGGAACCUGUCGGAGCCCGUGGAGUUCAUGGUGACGGCCCGGGCGCUCCAUGACCCGCACAUCUGGGAGACCACCGUGAAGAUGGCCCUGGCUGGACAUCCUCAUCCUUUAGCCCUCACCAAGGUUGGCAUUGAAGAAAUGCUGUCAAGAGCCUGGGACUCCCAACCCCGAGUUAUCAAGUUCACACGAAAACAUCAGAGGAGCUCCUCCGUCAAUGGGCUAAGGCGACAGAAGAGAGACUGGGUCAUCCCGCCUAUCAAUGUGCCUGAAAACUCCCGAGGACCCUUCCCUCACAUGCUUGUCAGAAUCCGCUCAGACCAGGACAAAGCUUCCGGCAUCCGCUACAGCAUCACGGGAGCAGGCGCUGAUCAGCCCCCCAGUGGGAUCUACAACAUAGACCCCAUCAGCGGCAACAUGUUCGUCACCCAACCCCUGGACCGAGAGGAGAGAGCGUCCUUCCAUCUGCGAGCCCAUGCAGUGGACAUGAAUGGUAACCAGGUGGAGAACCCAAUCGAUCUGUACAUCUAUGUCAUCGACAUGAACGACAACAGACCAGAGUUUCAGAACCAGGUGUACAACGGCUCCGUGGCUGAAGGGUCCAAACCAGGCUCGUCUGUGAUGCAGGCGACAGCCACGGAUUCGGACGACUCGACCACCGCUAACGGCAUGGUGCGCUACCGCAUCCUCUCGCAGACCCCCCACAGCCCCAUCCCCAACAUGUUCACCAUCAACAGUGAGACUGGAGACAUAGUAACCGUGGCAGCCGGCCUGGACAGAGAGAAAGUGUCCCAGUACACCAUCAUCGUCCAGGCCACUGACAUGGAGGGCAACCUAAACUUUGGGCUGUCAAACACAGCCACCGCUCUCAUCAGCAUCACCGACAUCAACGACAAUCCUCCAGAGCUGACAGUCAGAACGUUUUCAGGGGAGGUGCCGGAGAACAAGGUGAAUGUGGUGGUGACCAACCUGACGGUGUUGGACAGGGAUCAGCCCCACAGCCCCAACUGGAACGCUGUGUACCGCAUCGUCAGCGGAGACCCCUCGGGACACUUCACCAUCCGCACCAACCCCAUCACCAACGAGGGCAUGCUGACGGUGGUCAAGCCCGUGGACUUUGAGAUGAAUCGCGCCUUCAUGCUGACCGUGGUGGUUUCCAACCAGGCCCACCUGGCCAGCGGCAUCCAGUCCUCGCUCCAGUCCACAGCGGGGGUCACCAUCUCGGUCCAGGAUGUGAACGAGCCUCCAGUCUUCCCUGUCAACCCCAAGCUGAUUCGCUUUGAGGAGGGGGUGCCGGCCGGGACCACUCUGACCGUGUUCGCUGCUCAGGACCCCGACCACUUCAUCCACCAGUUUGUCAGGUACUCCAAGCUGUCAGACCCAGCUAACUGGCUGAAGAUCAACAGGACCAACGGGCAGAUCACCACCAUGGCGCUGCUCGACCGGGAGUCCAUGUACGUCAAAAACAAUGUGUACGAGGCCACGUUUCUGGCGUUCGACAAUGGCUCGCCCCAAGCCAGCGGGACAGGAACUCUCCAGAUCUACCUGAUCGAUGUGAACGACAACGCCCCGGUGCUGGUGCCCCGGGAGGCGCAGGUGUGCGAGCGAGCACGCCCCAACUCCAGGGUCAACAUCACCGCCUCAGACGCCGACGCAGACCCCAACGUGGGGCCCUUCGUCUUCGAGCUGCCUUCUUUUCCCGCCAGCGUUCGACGCAACUGGACUAUCUCCAGGAUCAGCGCUGAUUACACCCAGCUGAGGCUAAGGAUUCCUUACCUGGAGGCAGCGGUGUAUGAGAUCCCGAUCAUCGUGCACGAUUCGGGGAACCCUCCUCUGUCCAACCGCUCUCUGAUCAGAGUCAAAGUUUGUCCCUGUGAUGAUAACGGGGACUGCAGCGCCACGGGUGCGGUGGCCGCUGCCGGCCUCGGUACCGGCGCCAUCAUCGCCAUCCUCAUCUGCAUCAUCAUUCUGCUCAGCAUGGUUCUGCUGUUUGUGGUGUGGAUGAAGCGCAGAGAGAAGGAGCGGCAGGCGAAGCCGCUGCUGAUCGACCCCGAGGACGACGUCAGGGACAACAUCCUGAAGUACGACGAGGAGGGGGGGGGAGAGGAGGACCAGGACUACGACCUGAGCCAGCUGCAGCAGCCCGAGUCUUUAGAGCACAUCAUCAACAAGACGGCGGGGGUGCGCAGGGUGGACGAGAGACCCGUAAUCGCUGAGUCACAGUACCCCGUCAGACCCAGCCUGCCCCACCCUGGAGAUAUCGGAGAUUUCAUUAACGAUGGUCUGAGGGCAGCGGACAACGACCCCACAGCCCCUCCCUACGACUCCCUGCUGGUGUUCGACUACGAGGGCAGCGGCUCCACCGCCGGCUCCGUCAGCUCGCUGAACUCCACCAGCUCAGGGGACCAGGACUACGACUACCUCAACGACUGGGGCCCUCGCUUCAAGAAGCUGGCCGACCUCUACGGGGGAGGGGACGACGACUGAGAGCGGAGCAGGGGCCAGGGGGGAGGGAGAGGCGGGUCGGUUGAAUGGAUGCUCCUCGAAAAACCACUGGCAGGGGCCACGAACACCACGCAGUGUGAGGAACAGACCCUCACACGGGCUGCGUUGGUUUGCUCACAGCGACCGAGCUCACAAACAUGAACUCCGCUGCAACGCGACUGUAUUCUGGCUUUAUAUUUUGUAGUGGCGAGUUUGUAGUGUGACGUUUUUUUUUCUUUCUUUUUGUCGUUCUCUCACCGCGCUGGACCCGGAUCUCUGGGGACGAAUCAAGGCGGUCGUGAGAGACACGAGUAGUGACUUUGUGCUUUGAUUUUUAAAAACGACACCAUCUCUUGCUUUAGUCUCACACUGAAGAGAAUGUUUGUGGGAAGACGCUCUGACUCUCUUUCACUCUGUCAACUUGAAUUUCCUUAGAACAGAAGCACUGUCAUUUUAUAAAGUGCCUUUUGUGCUGUGUUUUUGUAUCAGACUCCUGCUAUCUCAGGAUCGGUUGCCAUUCGUGCAGUACAGUGGAGGUGCUCUCUCUCCCCCCCCCCCUCCUCUCUGCGCUCCUCACACCUGCCUGUCACACCCCCCCCCCCCUUCAAAGUGGUGCAGAUGAACAACCCCCAGUCCCAGGAGGGAAGGACACAACCAGGGCAGACUACCGGAUAUCAUAACCCACUGAAUUAUGGCCUAAAAGAAGCCAAUAACAGUUUUUCUCCAAGGACCUGCUCAGUUUGACUUUCACAAGCAUCACCUGUCGACACGCUGACAUUGUGUGAAACCAUUUUUAUACAUGUGGGGGUUUUCUAAUUUAGUGGAGAAUGCCUGCCUUUCCUCUGUGGAUUCAUGAGUUAGGAGCCUUUAUGUUGAGAUGCUUGCCUGCCCUGUAUGGUUUUGUGUUGCUUUCUCCACAGUGUAAAGCUUAUGUAGGCAUGAUCUGAGUAGUCAGACAGUGAACUUGAAAAGACUUGGAAAAAAGGCAUCUGAGAACGAUUUUUUUUGUCGCCUUGAACAUUCCCGUUUUUUAUAGGCUAUUAAAAAGGUGCAUGAUUUUUUUUCUUUUUUGAAAAAUGUUUUACUCAAAGCACUUGUUACUAUGUGGUGAGAAUGUGAAAAUAGUCAGCGGAAACGAUAUGAAUAUACUCUGUAUAAAGACACUGAGAAAAGAAAAAUACUGUAAGAUACCUAUUUUUGAAGUAUUGAUGACUUAAAAGUUGCUGCUCUUUUCUCCGGCUCUUCAUCGGGUUUAGGGGAUUUUUGGCCUGUUCAUUUGUCGUGUGGAUAUUUGAGUUUCUUUGUCUUUUGUUAAACCAUAAUUAUUUUUUAAGAUGCCUGCUUAUUCAUGUUUUGUUCAGUUUUUGCUAUUAUUUUCUUCUUCGGGAUUGUUUUCUAAAAAAUGCUUUGUUAUACUCCUUUUAUAUGUGAAAACACAGCCUUUCCCUUCACUCUGUAUCGUCUCGGACAGAUUGUUGGCCUCUGGCCUCGGGACAGUGGACGGUUCAUUAGCCAUGCCUGCUGAUAGUUGUUCUAUUAUUCAGUGUCCUGGAAUAAUUUUAUUCAUUCAUCUAGAUACUGGAUGUGUGCUUCAGAAAAUAAACAAGACAUGUUUUGAAAA